GAACCAAGCGUAUCACAUCUGAUGUCUGUGGAGAUAACGUUAUAAGGCGUCUUAUUCUUCCAAGGGAAUCGAGUCUGCUAGAGAUUAUUCAGCUCCAAAAGGAGCAAAAUCGUCUUCGAAAGUUGGGUUUUGCUAGAUUUUUGCUUCUUAAAUAUUAGAUACUGUGAAAAGCGAACUCUUUCUUCUCUUCUUUUGGAAAUCCAAGCAGUAAGCUACUUUCAUCAAUAUCUCUACUUUCCGUUGGACUUCCUUUUGGCUGUGUUGGUGCUUCUGGUGAAAUGGGCUAUUUCACUGAUGGGUUUUGUGCUUCAGAGGCUGUUAUCGAAUGGGUAUAGCUUGUCUUUGAUAUAUUGCAGUCCAGUUGGCUAUUUUUUCUUUCUUGUUAUGAGAAGAAGUUUUCCUUGAGAAAUACGGUGUUAUUGUUUUGGGAGUUUAUACGGUUCUUGCAAGUGAAUCUCUCAUGCUGUGAUUUUUUUAAUUUUAUUAUUCUGGAAUGGGAUUUUACUUGAAUGAAUUUGGGAUACGGAUUGAGGAAGGCAGCAUUGGGACUGGUUCGGUUCCAGAAGUUUAACCCUUUGGUGUUUUCUUUUGAAUUCUUUGUAGCAAUCGACUAUUGCUACAGUGAGUUUUAUUAUUCAGUGUGGAUGUUUAUUAUUGAUAUCAGAAAAAAAAAAUUGUGGGAACAUAGACAAGAACUACUCAUUUCGUUCAUAUGUUAUAGCAUUUCCAUUCUGUGGAACUAGUAGUCAAUUUGGAACUCAUUAUUAGAUUUAGGAGAAUGCUUUGGUUCAGGAAUGCCUUUUUCUCCUUGAAUCGAUGGAAAAUGUUGCCUUGUGGUUUUUUAUUGUGGUCGAAAUUGGUUAAGAGUGGAAAUUUAAUGUGGUAGAAUUUGGGUAGCAUUUUUUUUAUGCGAGAGCAGAAAUGGAUUUGUGGGUGUUUGGAGCAGCAGCUGCUGCUGCUGGAUACAUUGCUAAACAUUGGCAAUGCGUUUCAAGAGAUAGGGAUAGUUUAGCAGAGUCUGGGAAAAAUGAAAGCCCUAGCUAUCCUUUCCGCAGAUUGACUUGGAGAAGGAAACUAGCAGAAGAUACUUCUACAAGUGAGAGAUUGUCAGAUAUGUACAGAUUAGAUGGUGCUUUGGAAGCAGAAGUUUCUACUAGUGGUUAUGAUGAAAAACUUGGGAGUUUGGAAGAGUAUGAGCACAAUAUAUUUUCCUUGUCGAGCUUGCCACUUGGAUUCUCAAGGGAUGAAAACCUAAAAGAAUGUGAGGGUGAAAAUGGGUUGAGUGGUGAUAAUUGUGGUAGCCCUUGUACUGGUGAAAUGGACUCUUUUCAUGAUUCUACGAGGAAAAGAAACUCCCUCAGAACCAAACAUCUAUAUCGCCAUAUUAUCAAACCUUUGAGUUCCCUAGAAAGUUGCCUUAUGGCUCAGUUGUACAAGGAACACAUCAACAUGGAAGAGUAUGUGCUUAGUGUCUUUCCUUCAUCAUCUACAACUACAAGGCCACUGCUUGUAACCAAUGGAAACCAAACAAUUGACAGAGUAAAUGGUCAUUCUUUCAGUGCACAGAUCAGUACUGAUGAUAAUAGGCUGCAUAAGGAGGAAAAUUUGUGUAGGCCCUGUGGGGUUCCUCCAUUGCCAAAAAUCAGUGCAUUGGACGUCCCCAAUAAGAUUAAAUCUAAGAUAGGAAAAGGGCAUGGUGAAAGAUACAGCGAUUCCCAUAAAGCAGGCAGUGGAAGGCACUUUAAUUCUCAAAAUGGGUCACUUGAUCGAACAAUUUUAUUCUGUCUGGGUAUUUGUGUUGGCAUAGUCUCUUCUCUCCUAGCUAAUGGAAGAGAGCUAGACAAAUUAAAAAACUUGUUGAAGCAGAAAGAGAACUUGGUUCAAGAUCUGCAAGAAGAACUUGAGAUGAAAGAUUCAUUGACAGUGAAAGAGCUUGCUGAUGAGAACUGUGAAUCACAAUACACAUGUGAGAACUCCUUUGACUUUAGGGCACCAAAUCCAGUUGUUUCCGUACACAAUAUGGAGAAUGCAACAAACAAUGAUGGUAAAGAAUCACACCACUAUGAGAAGGCUGAGGAGACCUUAGAAGAUAUGAGUGAAAUUGAAGCAGAGCUUGAGGCUGAACUUGAGAGAUUGGGGCUAAACAUGAAUACAUCUAAUUUGGAGAGAAGGCUCUCUGAUCUUGUUGAGCUUGACCCAAAUUUUGUAGCAGACAUUGCUCAAGGUGAACUGCGGGCAGACAUGGUCAAUGGGCAAGCUGUUAACCAACUUGAAUCAGAUAGAGAUGCAAGUGGUACCUCAACAUCUCAUACCGGAAAUUAUACAGUUUCACCCCGAGAACUGAGCCUGCGUCUGCAUGAAGUUAUUCAAUCCAGACUUGAAGAGCGGGUGAAGAAGCUUGAGAUGGCCCUUAAAAGCAGUGAGAGGAAGUUGCAACUCUGGGAGUCUGAGCAUAGGAAUGUUUGGAGGAAGUUUCCAAACAGCGAACUGAGAUAUUCCUCUGGUGAAGAAAUUGAAGAAGAUUUCAAUUCUAUGACAACCCAACCUCUAGUUAUGAAUUUAUCAGGGGAAGCUCUAGAUGCUUACAAUGAAGCUUAUGAAGAGCUAAUGAAGAUAAACGAGUCACAAGAAGAUGAUUUGCUAUCUGGAGUUUAUGAAAAUAACCACCAAGGGGGCAUACAUCCAUUUGAUGAAAGCAAUUUACGAGGUCAAAAUGGUGCAACAAAUAGUUCCUUGAUUCAUCUCACUCGCAAUAGAGAAAAACCAUCUAGGGAAUUACAUUUCAAUCAAUUAAAGGCAUCAGUAGAGCGAGGCUCGGAAAAUCAAGAAUUGCUUUAUGAUGCUGCAAGUGAAGAUGAAAACAGCGAUUGCAGUGAUGAGAUAGAGAAGCAACUGAUAAAGCACGUUGUGGAGAAGACGAGGAAAGGUUCUCCUGUAGUACUAAAUGCGCAGAGGCUGUUGUUUUCCAUGGAUGAAAACGAAGUUUAAAAAUGAAAGUGAAACAAGGGAAAGUUUUGCAAUGAACUGUAUAGAUAUAUACAGAGAAAUAUUCGUAAUUUUUGGCAUCUUCGUUCCAUAUAGUUUUUCUACCAUUACUCGCUGAUUUUCAGCUACAUUGAGGAGCUAGGUCAUAUCUUCGUGUAAAACUGAGGACAGUACAGCUAGGGUUUCUGUGGCAAUUGGUUUUUUGCCCAUAUCUUGUGUCAAUAUAGUUAAUUAUUAUCGUGAACA